CAUUUCUCUUCUCGUUUAGCAUUUUUGUUUUAAUUAUUUUAUGAUGGUGCCACGCUAUAUUUAAACUUCUCUUUUUUCCUUUCUGUCAUGGUUAACUGUUGUAUUUUGGGCAUUUUCUCCAAAUAGUUUUCAUAUGGUUCUGAUAUUUCAUUGCACAAGCAAUGAAAUAUCCUGCUGGUCACAACUAUUUUCUCCUAUUGCAUGGGAUUGCACUUUCUUUUUUUAGUUCUCAUUUUCUCCUAACUCAGAAAUUACCUUUGAAAUCCAAGGAUCUUGAUCUCUGGAAUUCUUGUUUUUAUUUCUGACAUGAGUGCUAGCUUUUUCAUCGACCGUCUCUCGGGUCAAUAACAGAACUUUGUUAAUGACUUAUUAAAAGUUUUUUGACCAAUGAUUAUCUGAAGAAGUUGCUGUUUUCUUCUUGAAGUUUUCUGAUCUUUCAGGAAUAUUUAUUAAACAAUUCUCAGCAUGUGAGUUGAAAGGUGGUUAUGGUCUCAAGAUCUUGGUCAAAGCUGUGGCUUUCUUGUUGACCGAGUCAAAAGUUUUCUUAAUGAUAGCCACGGAGGUAAUUCCAGUCAAAGAAAUGCAUCUAAAGGUAAUGACUAAUUUGCCAGCAUUUUCUUGCUCAUUUAUUUGAUAGGAUUUAUUAAACAAGUUUUUUACAUUUUUGUCUUGAGCAACAUUUCAAUCUCCUGCUGGUGUGGUCCAUUAAGGUGUCCUUUUUUUUUUUUCCCUUCAUUAUAGUGAAUAAACAACAGGUGAUAUUGUAAAUAUUCUUUAUAUUCUCGGUGCAUAAAUCCGUUAACUAUUGGUCAUUUUACAAUGUAUUCAUGUCUCUUUGGAAUAACAGGUAAAAACCUCAGUUUGAAGGUGAACUUGGACAUAACUUUGUGAGCAAACUUUUGUCCAUCAUGACAUUAAAUCAAAUUUUCCCCAACAAUCACCAAAAAUGAAUCCGGAAUUGCGAUCCAAAGUAACAAGAGUUGCAGAUGAAUUCGCCUCUACUGAAUUUCUUCAGUUUGAGAAAGAUCGAGCUGGCCUUCUUUUCCAGUUUGCAGAAACAAACACUAUGUUCAUCCUCACAGCUCGUUUGAAAGGUUAUACGCUUGGAAACAUAAAGAUUGAUAUUAAUGAGGAAAGGAGUAUGAUGGUGAUAACAUGUGAGAAGCCGGUCCAAGAGACUGUAAUGGUGGGGUGGACAGUGCUAAAAAAAGAUGUAGAAAUUAGAAAAUUUACAAAGGCUUUCAAGAUUCCAAAUGGGGUGAUCUUGGAUCAAAUUAUGACUAAUUUUAAUGAGGAAGAAUCCAUUCUGACUAUUACAAUGCCAAAGAGGGAGAAGGGAAUUCUUGGAAUUGGAAUUCAGGAAGUGAAGGAGCCAGAGCUUGUUAAAGAAAUACCACAAAAACCAUUGGAGGAAAAGACUUUGGCAGAACAAGUGAGUCAAGAAACAGAAAUGCGAUUUCCAGGUUUUCCAUCAAAUAUCCAAAAAGUUCAUGAGGAUGUGGAAAAACAUGGUGUUAAAGAUGAAGUUCCUCGAAUGGAAACCGAAAUGCCAAAAGUAGAACACAAGAGCCAGAAGACCGAUGAUAUGGUUGAAGAAGCAAGGGAAACUCAUAGUGAUCAAAUAGGUGAUGAUAAACUUGAAUCUAAGUGCUUGAAAGAUGAUAAAGCUUGCGAAAAAGCAAACGGAAUUCAAGAAGAAGAGAAGACUGGAGAAGAGGAUGAGGAUAAGCUGCCUCAGAGAAGGAGCAAGAUGUUUGUACCUGUAGUUGCAGGCUCAGCUGUAAUUUUAUCUUUUCUUGUCUUUGCGAUUCAUUUCAUGAAAAAUAAGAAUCGACCUGAAAAAAGAAAAGGUUAGGACAAAGAACAUUGUAUAAUACAAUUACCCAAUUUAAAAGAAUAAAAAAGAACAUUGUAUA